AUGAAAAGGUUCACGCGAUUGGUGAAGCGAAAACACCCUUUGUUGGAAGUUUCCGUGGUGAAAGACCCUCUGGACAGCGAUUUACAGCUUACGGAAGGUGUUGAUGAUGAUAAUGAUGACGACGAUAACGUCGAAAAGGACGAUGAAGCUGAUGAAGCUGACGAUGCCAACGAUCAUGCUAAUGCUGGUAAUGGUCUCGAAGUGCGAAACAAGUGUCCUCACUUUGAGGAUCAACGAGAUGUGCCAUUCGUGUCUGUCGUUAUGGGUAACGGACUCUUCGCUUUCCCGAGUGACGAUGCUCUGAAAGCAUUCAGGCUCAACCAUCGUCGACUGGAUACAGUUUCAGACGAAGAAGCACUAGGAUUUCCAUUUUUACACGCCACAAGACCCGGGUUUCUAAAAUCGAUGACCAGCCAUAGUGCACCAGUGAUGAAAAUUCAACGUUACGCCGUCGUUGACAUUGGUGUGGAUACCGAGGUAGAAGACCACUAUUGUGAAAACGAACACUGCAGGCAAGUAGCCGCGUCUGGGAACUUACGGGUGUUUUGUCUGGACUUUUGCCAGGUAUUCCAACAUAUGGAUUCGACAACGAGCCAGGUAGAAUACCGAUUUGUGUUCUCUAUCGAUAAUAAGUCCGAUCACAAUCGCUUCACGGUGCGUUUAAGUGCUCAUGUUAUGCAAAGAAACUGUGAUGCUAUCAUGGACGGGAUUCGGUUGCGUUGGCAUGGAACUUCGGGUUUGUCGUUCUUAACUGGCACUGGCGAGUUUCAACUGCGAGUGCUCGAUGACGAUAUGCCGUCAUUUGCAGAUUACGCCACGGAAUCGGAAUACAACAAAGCUUGCACGCAUGCUCACCCGCUGCGAACUGUUUCUCAGCUGCCAGUUUGGGGAUCUUACAGCGACAAACGUAGAUCAAUAGUGCCCAAGAAACGUACAUUUCACCGUGCGGAUUUCCACAUUCAAGAAAAGGCAUUGUGCGGCAAGGGACUACGUAACAUACCAAGGGACACGCUAGUGCUCACCAGUAUGUGCUUGUUUUUGCACGAAAUUGAGUGCAGUAAGGACAAAAGAUCAUCCACGAGUUUUGGUGGGCCAGGGUUUCCCAUGAUGGUAUAG